AUGGCAGGAGAACAGAAACCGUCCUGCAAUCUUCUAGAGCAGUUUAUUUUACUGGCCAAAGGUACGAGUGGCUCAGCUCUGACUGCUCUUAUAAAUCAAGUGCUGGAGGCUCCCGGGGUUUAUGUCUUUGGAGAGCUAUUGGAGUUAACAAAUGUGCAGGAGCUGGCUGAGGGGUCUAAUGCUGCUUAUUAUCAGUUGCUGAACCUGUUUGCGUACGGAACGUACCCCGACUAUGUAGCAAAUAAAGAUAACCUGCCUGAAUUAACAGCAACUCAGAAAAACAAGCUGAAACACUUGACGAUUGUAAGCCUGGCUUCCAGGAUGAAGUGCAUUCCAUAUUCUGUGUUGCUGAAGGACCUGGAUAUGAGGAAUCUGAGGGAGCUAGAAGAUCUGAUUAUUGAAGCGGUUUAUACAGAUAUUAUCCAGGGGAAGCUGGAUCAACGAAACCAGGUGCUAGAGGUGGAUUUUUGUAUCGGCAGAGACAUUCAGAAAAAGGACAUCAGCAACAUUGUCAAAACACUCCAGGAAUGGUGUGAUGGUUGCGAGUCGGUUCUUUUGGGAAUUGAGCAGCAAGUACUUAGAGCCAACCAAUACAAAGAGAACCAUCACCGAACGCAACAGCAGGUGGAGAUGGAGGUCACAAACAUAAAGAAAACAUUAAAAGCUACAGCCUCGUCGUCGGCACAGGAGAUGGAACAGCAGCUGGUAGAGCGAGAGUGCCCUCCACACACGGAACAAAGGCAGCCCACAAAGAAGAUGUCCAAAGUCAAAGGGCUGGUCUCCAGCCGUCACUAGAACAUACCAUGUAAAUGUCAUUCAGUUAGGAAUGACAACAGGAGGAGCAAAAAAGGGCCUGCGUCUCCUUUUUCAGUGGGUUCUGGGCCAGUCCCUUCCAGGCUGGCAGAUAAAAGCCCUGUUUCAAUACAGCUCCCAGUCAGCAGCACCUGGCUAAGUUACACUGUGCAGCCCCUUGUAAUUUCCAGGGUGUCCCUGUUCUGGUCCUGUAAAGAGGGA